AUGACCUGUUUUGGAGAUAUCUGGGGUUCUACCAGAUCACCUCGAGUUACUACUCGAUCAAUCGUUCAGCUAAGAAUUCGUAAAGUACCCUGUUUCUGUAGCGAUUGCGAAGGAAUGUUAGUUGCUUUUCGCACAAAGAAUCGACAUGAAUUAUCGAGCCAACUUUCGUCAGAUGUUUCAGAACAAAGAGUUGACCGAUUGCCUCUAAGACGUAGAUCAAGGUACAUUUUGACCAGAGUUUCCAUUGGUAACAUCGGUAACAUCGAACAAGAUUUAUCACUGAGAGAAAGUACGGCCGAAGAUCAAAGCGAAGAUACUAAUGAAGAUAACGAAUCGAAUGGAGAUAACGAAUCGAAUGGAAAUAACGAAUCGAAUGGAGAUGACGAAUCGAAUGGAGAUGAUGAAUCAGAAAAUAACAAUUCUAAAACUUUUAAAGAUUAUUUAUGCCCUUCUUUCGAACCAUAUCAAGACCCAGAUGUCACUCCAACUCCAACUAGCGAUAAUAAUAAGUUUUUAUGGAUUUUAAUAUGGAUUAUGAAAUUUCGAAUGAGAUUUAGCAUUCCAGAAACAGCAACUAAAUCACUAAUAAAGUUCAUAAAACUGUUAUUGGAUGAAAUUGGCGAUACCGCAUUUGAAAAUUUUCCC